AUGGGUGCAUCAGGCUUAGGUUCUGGUUUAGCAAAUUGCAUUAAUCUCUCAAAUUUGACACUUAACCUUGAUUUCAAUUAAAUUGGUGAUGAAGGUGCAUCAGGCUUAGGUUCUGGUUUAGCAAAUUGCAUUAAUCUCUCUAAUUUGACACUUGAUCUUAAUGAAAAUUAAAUUGGUGAUGAAGGUGCAUCAGGCUUAGGUUCUGGUUUAGCAAAUUGCAUUAAUCUCUCAAAUUUGACACUUAACCUUGAAAGGAAUAAAAUUGGUGAUAAAGGUGCAUCAGGCUUAGGUUCUGGUUUAGCAAAUUGCAUUAAUCUCUCAAAUUUGACACUUAACCUUUAAAAGAAUAAAAUUGGUGAUGAAGGUGCAUCAGGCUUAGGUUCUGGUUUAGCAAAUUGCAUUAAUCUCUCAAAUUGA